ACGCGCGUGCGAGUAGCUAGUCGCUCAUCGGCCAUUAAAGCUUCCAACCUCACUCCCUCCCCUUCCACUCUCUCUCUCUCAUCACCAGCUCAGCGUCAAGUCGUCAACUAUCUCUCCCUUUUUUUUCUCUCGCUACAUUCUCUCCUUGACCGCUUGCUGCAAUCUCUUCCUGCAUUUACUCUACAGAUCGCGCCCGACCCGCGUUUCUCGGAUCUGUGAAGUACCCGAUAGCAGCAUUGUCAAGCCGAGUUAGGGUUCUUCUCCCCCCGUCCUGCUCGCCGGAGCUAUGAGCUGGAUGCGGCGACAUGCAAUGGCUGGGGUUUUCCGACGGAGUUGAUGGAGGAUUCUGUCGGUGCGGCUGGCUGUAGGAGAACCCGAAGAGGGUGCUGGGCGAGAUGGGCCGGGUUGGAUUCUCAGAAUCGUGAUUGGAAUUUCGCGGCCCUAGAGAUAGAAGAUGUCUGCUCUUGCUUUUCUCUUUCUUCUCCCCCUGUUCACUCUGGUUCCUACUAGUAUUGUGAGGUUAGAGUCUACCAGUGCAUCGUGGGCUCCACUAUCAGCUCCUCAUAGACAUCAUCUCAAACCUUCUAUCAAUCCCACUCGCGGACCAGCUUUUUCACCAGUGCUUCCAGGCCCUCUACCCAGUCCUAUUGGCAAUACUUGGCGAAGGCAUCAUCACCGUCAUCACCAUCGAGGGAGUACUCGACCAGCAGUUUCACCACCUUCAGGAUCUGUCUGCAGUCAGGGCUGUUCGCCUCCACUUGCUUCAGUUCCCCUCCUUUCAAGAUGUGAUUGCGUGUUUCCAAUGAACGUGAAGCUCCUCUUAGGUGUAUCACUUUAUUCUGUAUUUCCUGUCAUUAGAGAGCUUGGGCUUGAGGUUGCUGCAGGCACAUACCUUGAUCCUUGUCAAGUAGUUGUUGUUGGAGCAAGUGCUUACAAUCAAGACCAGGGAAAGACAAUGGUUGAUCUUAACUUGGUUCCGCUAGGGGAGAAGUUUGAUAACACCACUGCUCAGCUUACUUCUGAACGAUUUUGGAAAAAGAAUGUGCCUUUAAACCAUACUAUGUUUGGUGAUUAUGAGGUGAUAUCCAUUAGCUAUCCAGGGCUGUCUUCUUCUCCACCACCUGGCAGUUUUAAUGGUUCAAGCACAGACACUCAGCCGAUUCCUGUUACUGCUGAUAUUACGAAUAGGAGUCAGAAAAUGAGUCCGAGACUAAUAUUUCUCAUUGCUUCAUCAGCUCUAGUACUCCUAGUGAUUUUAUGCGGAGCCAUUGUUAUUAUGCUAAAAUGCAGGAAGCCUGGCCGACCAUCAAGCGCUGUUGGUCCUGUUUAUGCUUCUGCUAUAAACAAGAAAUCUGGAAUGGGGUCUAUGAUAUCAAGUAGCCCUGUAAGCUCGACAUCGGUGUCCUUCGCUUCUGCAAUGCCCACAUCUAUUCGUUCUGUUCGGACAUUUUCUCUUGCUGAGCUCGAGAAAGCCACAGAAAAGUUUUGUUUAAAAAGAGUUUUAGGGGAAGGAGGGUUUGGACGUGUUUAUCAUGGGAUCUUGGAAGACAAUUCAGAAGUUGCUGUCAAAUUGCUUACAAGGGAUAAUAAUCAAAACGGAGAUCGUGAAUUCAUUGCUGAAGUUGAGAUGCUAAGCAGAUUGCAUCACCGUAACCUUGUGAAAUUAAUUGGCAUAUGCAUUGAAGACUGGACACGCUGUUUGGUUUACGAGCUUGUUCCAAACGGAAGUGUUGAGUCUCACUUGCAUGGAGUAGACAGGAUGAGAUGUCCUCUUGAUUGGGAUGCACGGUUGAAAAUUGCUCUUGGGUCUGCAAGGGGCCUGGCUUAUCUUCAUGAAGAUUCUAACCCUCGUGUAAUCCAUCGUGACUUCAAAGCUAGUAAUGUUUUGCUGGAAGAUGAUUAUACCCCCAAGGUUUCAGAUUUUGGAUUGGCAAGGGAAGCAACCGAAGGAAGUCAACAUAUAUCAACACGAGUCAUGGGAACUUUUGGGUAUGUUGCUCCAGAAUAUGCUAUGACAGGCCAUCUACUUGUGAAAAGUGAUGUAUACAGCUAUGGGGUUGUGCUACUAGAGCUUCUUUCAGGAAGAAAACCAGUUGAUAUGUCUCAACCACCAGGACAAGAAAACCUCGUUACGUGGGCCAGGCCUCUACUGACCACUAGAGAUGGAUUGAAGCAAUUGGUGGACCCUUCCUUGGAUGGGAGCUUCUACGACUUUGAUGACAUGGCAAAGGUGGCAGCCAUAGCUUCCAUGUGUGUUCACCCAGAGGUGACUCAAAGACCCUUCAUGGGAGAAGUUGUUCAGGCACUCAAGCUCAUCUACAACGACGACACAGACGAAACAUGUGCAGAUGGCUGUAGUGUAAAAGACUCACUCCCUGACUCUGAAUACAGAGGCGGCGAUCAUAUCAAUUCAGACAGCAGCUGGUGGAACGCUGGUGGGAUGACACCUCGGCUGACAUACGGUGUCGCCUCCUCCUUCAUGACAAUGGAGUACAGCUCUGAUCUGCAAGACGAGUUUGAAAACAGGCCGUUCUCAUCCUCAAGACUGAUGGGACGAGGAGGGGUUGCCAGCAGGGGUGUUGCAUUACCAAUAACGCACGGGAACAGAUCAGGCCCCCUAAGGACUGCCAGGGGUAAUCCCGUCUUUUACAAACCAAGCGGUAGUAUGAGCGAACACGGCUCAUCACUCAUUCCAAGACGCUCUUGUAAUAACGGUGACGAGUACAAUGACGCUUAUCUCUAGGACGGAAUGGAGAACUGUGUAAAAUGUACAGUGCUGGAAAGACCAGACCCCAUCGGUACUGAAAAUGAAAAGACAAUAUGGUUUGUGGGUGAGGUAGCAGAAGCAGCAGUUGUUGUAGUAUAAGAUUAGGAGUUUGGAUUCGGCCGCGGUUUGCCUUCUAAUUUUUGGUCAUCUUUUACAAUCAAUUAAUUAAUUACAACAGCAGGGGAACCUUGGUGUAAAUGUAGUCACUCAAUUCACUUCAUGGUUCAAUACUCGAUUGAACCAUUAUGUCACAUUUAUAUUCUUUUCCUUCAUGGUUUUCACAGCCAAUGUUGUUUUUUAGGCUAACUCAUCAUCGGUAUGAAUAUCCGUGUGGCCUGCAAAAAAGAAAAGAAAAUGCUCGGCCGUUG